GCAGCGGCGGCCUUUUGACAUUGAUUCGACAUUUUGAACGUCGAAUCCUACGCAAGCUCGUCGACAUCACUGCAUUUCAGGCAGCUGGAGGCAUUCGCAGACGCAGCAGAGCCAGCGACGCCACCAUCUCAUCCUCACAGCUCAAGAGCGGAACCCUUUCGGCUUGAGACAUAAUUCAUCGUGAAGUAGACGCGGCCUCGCAAUGGGCAAGAAGAAGGGAAACAAGAAGGGCGGUGGCGAUGACUACUGGGACGAGGCAGGUGAACUCCUGCCGCCGAACCUGCCCAACGCAGGCGUAGACGGCGCCGACGAUGAGCCCGUCACCAAGACGAAGAAUGCAUUCGCCAGCAUGCAGAUCGAGGAGAGCACCAAUGGAGCAGACGGUGGAGACGAUGAAGAAGAGGGCGGCUUGAUGGCAGCCAUCAAGAAGAGCAACGCAGGGGGCAAGAAGGGAGGCAAGAAAGGAAAGAAGCAAAAGGAAGAGAUCGACUGGGACGCCAUCGAGGCAGACAUGGCGCCUGAAAAUGGCCCAGCUGAUGAAGACAGCAAGGCAGCAAUCCCGCGCAACAUGGACGAGGAGUUCCCAAUCGAUGACGAAAAGGUCGCAAAGGGCAACAAGAAGGCUGGCGAUGCAGACGGCGCCAGCACACCCGUGGCCGGCGAUGAUCCUGAGGACGACGGCGCACCUAAGCUCUUGAGCAAGAAAGAAAAAGAAAAACUCAAAAAGGAGAAGGAAAAGGCGAAGAAGAAGGCACAGGCAGCGGCCAAGAAGGCGGCUGCGGGUGGUGGUGAUGAUAGCAAUGAUGUCAAGCCGACCCCACCAGCAGAGACGCCUACGCCUGCUCCCGAGAAUGGCGGUGGCGGCGAUGACGACGAUGAAGAUGGCGAGGAGGGCGGCGGAGGAGCGUCCGCAGCAGACAAAAAGAAGAAGAAGAAGAAGAAAAAGGCUGCAGAGCCUGCUCCUGCUCCUGCGGCGACCACCAAGAAGCCAAAUGCUGCUCUUGCGGCCCUGCAAGCCCGCAUGGCUGCGCAGAAGAAAGCAGAGGAGGAGGCGAGAGCUGCUGAGGAAGCCGCGAGAAAGGCCGAGGAGGAGGCGGAGCGCAAGGAAAAGGAAGAGGAGGAACGAAAAGAGGCUGAGCGUCAGCGAAAAAAGGAAAAGGAAAAGGCAAAGAAGGAGCAGUUGAGAAAAGAGGGCAAGCUGCUCACGCCUAAGCAAAAGGCUGAGAAGCAGGCGGCCGAGGCUCGUUUGCAGGCCAUGAUCAAGAGCGGCCAGGUCAAGGUCGACGGCCUGAGCAAGGGCAAUGACGCAGGACCGAGCGAGGGCAAGCAGCGCACGGCCGUGGUCGACAAGAAGCCCAAGAAGAGGGGUCAGCAGAAGAGCGGGCCCAACAGUCUCCUCCUCGAGCCGGCGGCGUCGCCAAAGGAGGAAGAAGCGAAGGCCGUUUCGGUUGAAAGGCCUGAGGAGGCGAGGGCAGACUCACCCGUGCAGGCAGCAGAGCCGGAGACCGCAAUCGAUGAGGAGGACGAGGAUGUUGCGGAUGCUUGGGACGCAGACAGCGAUGAAGAUGAUGCCAAGCCCGCGCAACCCGCAAAGAAGGAUAUCACGCCUAGCGGAAUGGCUGAGCAAAACGGCUCGAGCAACAAGGCGGGCGCGGAGCAAGGGGAACAGAGUAGCGACGAGGACGACGACGACGAUGACUCUGAAGACGACUCAGAUGACGACUCUUCCGACGACGAGCUCACCACCGCCCAACGUCAGGCCGCCGAGCGCAAAGCUCUCGCUGCCCAGCGCAGAGAUGAGCAACACAAGCAGGCCCUUGCCGCUCGAAGCAAAGACAAUCUGCGCAGCCCCAUCUGCUGUAUUCUUGGCCACGUCGACACGGGAAAGACGAAGCUGCUCGACAAAAUUCGACAAACAAAUGUCCAAGAGGGAGAAGCCGGAGGUAUCACCCAACAAAUUGGUGCCACCUACUUUCCGGUGGAGACGCUCCAGCAGAAGAUUGCGCCGAUCGACCCCGAGGGCAAGCAAGAAUUCAAGACGCCUGGUCUCCUUGUCAUCGACACGCCUGGUCACGAAUCCUUCACCAACCUGCGUACUCGCGGUAGCUCGCUUUGCAACAUUGCCAUUCUCGUCGUCGACAUCAUGCACGGUCUCGAGCCCCAGACACUGGAGUCAAUCCGACUGCUUCGCGACAAGAAGACGCCCUUCAUUGUCGCCCUCAACAAGGUCGACCGUCUCUACGGCUGGAAAGCUACGCCCGACGGAGCGUUCCGCCACUCGCUGGCCAAUCAAGACCGCGCCACACGAAACGAAUUUGAGGAGCGAGCCUCCAAGGUUAUGGUCGCCUUUGCGGAGCAGGGACUCAACGCUGUUCUUUACUACGACAACAAAAAUUUCGCCAAGAAUGUGUCUCUCGUCCCGACGUCGGCGCACACAGGCGAGGGUAUUCCGGACAUGCUUCAGCUCCUCGUCAAUCUCACGCAGGAGCGCAUGAGCGAGCGUCUCAUGUACUUGUCUGAGCUCGAGUGCACUGUCCUCGAAGUCAAGGUCAUUGAAGGAUUGGGCACGACCAUCGACGUCGUCCUGUCCAAUGGUACGAUGAACGAAGGAGACAAGAUUGUCGUUUGCGGUCUGAAUGGCCCCAUCGUUACACAAGUGAGAGCGCUUCUCACUCCUCAGCCGAUGAAGGAAAUGCGUAUCAAGGGAGCUUAUGUGCACCACAAGCACGUCAAGGCCGCACUUGGUGUCAAGAUCUCGGCACCCGACCUCGAAAAGGCCAUUGCAGGAUCUCGCCUGCUCGUCUGUGGGCCAGACGAUGACGAGGAGGAGCUCAAGGAGGAGGUCAUGUCCGACCUCACUGGUCUGCUCGAUUCGGUCGACAAGAGCGGCAAAGGUGUGUGUGUGCAGGCGUCGACCCUCGGCUCUCUCGAAGCUCUGCUCGAAUUUUUGCGCACGUCAAAGAUCCCUGUCAGCGGCAUCAAUAUCGGUCCCGUAUACAAGAAGGAUGUCAUGCGAGCCUCGACGAUCCUGGAGAAGGCGCGCGAGCUGGCGUGCAUUCUUUGCUUCGACGUCACCGUCGACAAGGAGGCGGAGCGCUUAGCCGACGAGCUGGGCGUGCGACUCUUCAAGGCCGACAUUAUCUAUCACUUGUUCGAUGCCUUCACCAAGUACAACGCCGAGGUCCUAGAGACGAAGAAGAAGGAGGCGGCACCCACUGCCGUGUGGCCCGUACGCCUCAAGAUCCUGGCCUGCUUCGCCCGCCGAGACCCCAUCAUUCUGGGCGCUGAGCUCCUCGACAAUACGGAUUUGCGCGUUGGUACGCCUCUGUGCGUUGUCAAGGGCAAGGAGAUUGUUGACCUCGGCCGUGUGACGUCGCUCGAGGUCAACCACAAGCAGAUGACGACGGUGAGCAAAAAGGACGCCGGUGCGGGUGUGGCCGUCAAGAUUGAGACCAACUCGGGCACGCCGCCGAUGUUUGGACGCCACUUCGAGGAGAGCGAUGUGCUUUAUUCGCACAUCAGCCGUGCUUCGAUUGACGCACUCAAGAACCUCUUCUGGGACUCGGUGACGCUCGAGCAGAAGAAACUCAUCAAGAACCUCAAGCCCCUCUUCAACAUCCCGUGAGGCAGCGACGCCAUAUGAUUUGUAACUUUCUUCCUUGCAUUGCUUGACCCGACGCGUAUCAAUAUCAUCAUUGAGAGUUGCCU